AUGGCAGGCGUCAUUGACUGGCAGCACUGCAAAAUACUCACACUUUUCCUGCGAUGCGGUAUCCCCGAUAGUCUUCAAGGCUACGACGACAGCAUCUCCGAAUCACUUACAUUCCCUGAACUACUACCGAAUUUCCACGAGCUAAGCGAAAAUACUCAGUCUCGGGAGGAAAUGCUCUUACGUCGGCGCCAAAUUCAAUACUUCUAUUUCGCGGCGACUGCCUCAUUGAACCCAACGCAUCACGAUGCCUUGGCCACCAAAUUUAGCAUAUUGAGGCGCAAACUCUUUGUGCACGUGGCUUACCCCUGGGAUGGCGAUAUCGUUACUCUUAAAAAUGACUUGGUCUAUUUGACGAAAAAUUGGGAUGAAUUCGUGACCUCUAAGUCUAAUACGGGCGACGAGACUAGUCAUCCUUGUCCCAUUGCCUUCUCAGAAGACGAGGUGGCUGAAUGCCUACGUCUGAAUCAUACGAAAGUGGAGGCAGAUGAACAGCUCAGGGCCUGCAUAGAUGCUAUCGGUAUAGAAAUUGAGGGAUGGGUGCCUGCUGAGCUGUAUGACGAGAAAAACCAGCGGGUACAGGAGUUUAAGGCUGUUGCGCUCGAAGCUACAGAGUCUGAAGAGGAGUGA